AUGACAAUGAUCGCGAUGAUGACCGUGACAAUGACCGCAGAGAGAUUCAACAAUGGUAUGAUGCAUAUGAUAUCCUCACCUCCUGCUCCUUGUCCACUACAUUAUAACGCGGCUGCUUCAACAUCUAUCCUGAGCUCUGCUACGGGUACUAUCAGCGCAACUGCGACGAACAGUGCUCGCAGCUCAAAUGGAUCCGGCGGUAAUACUGGUAACUCGCAGCCCGGCAAUGCUCAAACGACCAACAAUGCAGCGGCUGGCUCUGCAGCCCCGAAAGCUGCGUCCGUGGCGGCCUUUGUGGGGUUGAUCGGUCUUGCUUGGCUGUGA